UUUGGUUUUGUUUUUUUUUACAGCUUUAUUAAGGUAUCAUUUUUGUUUAGAUUAAAUAAGCGUUAGUCCACUAAAAUCCACCCAUGUGGUUAGCUCUUGGCUGAGCUAUCAGAUGCUGGUCCUCACGGGAGGAGUCACAACCAGGUGGGGCCGGUUCCAACCUUCGAGUAUCGGAAGGAAAGAUCAAAAAGGAAGCAACCACAUUCAGGACUGGAAACGCCCACCUCCCCUACUUCCGGUCCCGUCCUUUGCUGGGCGCUCGACGGAUUGGCCCCGGAACAGAGGGCGUGCCUGGGCGGGACUUCCGGUCUUUAGGAGAGGAAAGAUGCUUCCGCGGGUUGAGGGAAGAUUUGAACUGCUGAUUUCCUGUGUUUACUUUGCGGGGAGGUGGUUGGCGUUUCAGCUUCUCUCCAGCUACUGACUCGACGAACGUCUCGGCUAAAAAUAUUCCCCCUGUGGCCUUAUUCCUCUGCGCUUGUCACUGUUUUCUCUCAUCAAGAAACAUAACUUGUUGGUAAUUUGUCAGAUUCAUGAAAUACCCAUCGAGAAGCAGUCGUGGGCAGACUUCAAGCAUUUUGGCAAAUUAAAGCAGGGGCCGUUGAUUGGCCUUAUUUCCGCGACUUUUCAUCUCAGAAUUGCCGUGUUGAGUCCAAGACGUUGGUGGUUGUUUUGGUGAGGCUUUUUCUGUAACUACAUAUUGCCAUUUUGAAAAAUGAGGUCCAAUUGAUGUCAAGUACAGACUUGUCAAUCUUCUCCUUGGAAGGACAUUUUAUCCAUAGUCAUAGUAAUGGCAGCUGAAGUGCGAAUGGUACUUUAUGAAGAUGAUUCCGUGCAAGUGCAAUAUGCUGAUGGUUCCAGACUACAGCUUUCUCCUUGUGGCUCUGAAUUUUUAUUUGAAAAGGCGCCUCCUGUUUCAGCACAUCCUUUAGAACGACCAGAAAGAAUUCGUCAAAGGACACAUUUUGUUAUCAGCACUUACCGAGAGCAACUACAGCGAGCCCUAGAUUUUCGAAAUUCUUUUGCUACUUGCCCUUUUUUAUCUGAAAGCAUCAUACCUUCUGAAAGAAAAAAGCGUAUCUUCAUUGACUUCUCAGAAGUCAGAUGGCCCAGUCCUGAUACUGAUGAUGGCAUGCUGUGUAUGCAGAGCGGCACCGUGAAGAUAUCAUCAUUAGAUGGGCAUGCAUACCUUUGUCUGCCGAGAUCGCAGCUUGAAUUUACAGUACAGUUUUUGUGUAAAGUAAGCCAGAAGCCAGAUUCAUCUAUAGUAUUGUCAGAAAAGAAGAUUCAAGCCAGAAUGGACAAACUAGAUGAAACAGCAGGCAAAAUCUGUACAUAUGGAAGUUUAUCAAGACAGAGACUGAAGAAUAAAGAAAACGAACUUUACUAUCAGACCAUGAAAUCCAAGGAACCUUUGGAGAAAAAGAGCUGUGUAAAUGGAGCCGAAGGGAGUGGCGAGCCACCUCUGCCUGGUACAAAACACACGUGUGUAUACACGUGGGUGAAACAAUGCUGGCCUGUGGCCUCCUGUCCAGAGGAAUGGAAAUAUCCCUUGUCUUUAGCACUGCAUUUGCAUAAUAAAAUCAGCAGUGUGUCUAGAAUUGAUGCAGCCAUCACCCAGAAUAAAACUUUGACUUCUGAUAUUUCAGAGGAAAGAGGAAAAGAGGUUUCUGUUCUUCCCAGGGCCCUGUUACUCAGCUGUCCUGUCCCACACCUGCACAGGUGGAAUUUUUGUGAUUCACUUUCACAAGGACAGUUUGAUGAAGAAUAUUCCUAUCCUGAACUAGUGAAAGUGGUUUGGUACAAAGGUGUGACUUAUCGACUUACCCAUAAAAAUGUGAACUCAAUAGAGAUUUAUCCUGGAGAUGGCUCUGUUUUCAAAUCUGAGGGAGCUUAUUUUGGGAGCUAUUUUACUUAUUAUUCCAUUCAGGAAGGAUCAGAAGAGAAAGAAGAGAAAACUUAUUCAGUAAAUAACCUUCCUCCUGAUAGACCAGGAAGUCUGAUCUCUGUGUGUUCUCUAAUUAAACAGGCAACCAGAAUUCUUCAGCACUGUGCGAAGACAAGGCUUUCUUUAAGCCAUAACUAUCGUAUAUGCUGCUGGAAAAUGGUACCUGGGAUAAAUGAUAGCAAUAUACUGCCUUUACUUUUGAGAGAAUCGCUCAUACCCAGUGUGGGAAGAUUUCUUGCAUACUCUGAUGACAAAGUACAUGCUCUCUUUUUAAAUGGCAUUACUCUAACCCUAAAUUGGAAUUUCAGCUCUUUUACUGAAAAAAGACAGGUAAAUCAAGGUCUCAACUUAGCUUGGUGUAAGUUAACUUUUCCUGAUGGGAAAGAUCAGUUAAUUCAGAUUGAACACCCUGGACCAUAUGAAAGAUAUGUGACAGCAGUCAUAUCAUGGUGCAGAAGCCUGACCCAGACUAAUCAGAGAGAGAUGCCCACACAUUCUUCAUCUUCUAUUCUUGAAGAAAAUUGGUCUGUGGCCUCUGAACUUGAAAAGAUAAAGAAGUUUAACUUGUUACUGGAGAAUAGUGGUAUCCUAAACCAGAUUUCCAACAAAGAAAAUGAACGGUCAUCUGAUCCUUAUGAACCAAAACCUUCAGAAACCUUGCUGGAAGAAGUUAAUGAAAAGAGAGUAUCAGUGGCAUUGAAAAAAACCUCUGAAAUCCUUCAAGAUAUUGACUGUCUUCUAUUAAAUUCUAAAAAGUGAAUCACAAACCUUAAGAAUGUUGUUUCAAGUGACUAGUAUUACUAGUAAGCCAAGAAAUUACAUAUAUUACUUCUGUGCAAUGAUUAUAUGAAAAAAUGACAGUUAACUUUGGGGGUUACCUAACUUGUAAAUUUUAAGAUAUAUAUUUAUAAUGUACCUUAUUAAUAAAGAAAUAUUUUAGAA